GACAACUGGAAACUCCGUCUCGUACUGCAACAUGAGACAAAACCUGAAGCUCUCUCCCGGAAUUAUCAAAGCAAAUAAUCUACAAAACCGAAGCCAAAAGAAACAAAUUAUAGUCUAGCAAAAAUCGUCAGUCACCUCAAACAAUCUCCUUUUAUAACUUCAGUGGUUACAAGACGGUUUGAUUUAAACAGUUUCCUGAAAACUUCAAAGGCCAGGCCAUGGCGAAGUCAGGGCGAACUUACAGAAACAGGAGCCUGGAGACGCUGCUGGACCUGGAUAAGCCAAACACUGCAGCGCCAGUUGCAGUUGCUCCACAGAAACUGAUUCCAGGGCGGGGCCUGGAGUUCAAAAAUUUGUCGUACAGUGUGUUGAAAAAGCAGAAAAAAGAUGGUGUUUGGGUCACAAAAGAAGCCUAUCUUUUGAAUGAUAUUUCUGGCCAGGCUGUGAGGGGAGAAAUUAUGGCGAUUGUGGGGCCAAGUGGAGCUGGAAAGUCAACUUUUCUUGACGCUUUGGCUGGUCGAAUUGCUCAAGGUAGCCUUGAAGGUUCUGUCAGAAUUGAUGGAAAACCGGUGACUACUAGUUACAUGAAGAUGAUUUCAUCUUAUGUUAUGCAAGAUGACCAGCUGUUUCCCAUGCUUACUGUGUUUGAAACCUUGAUGUUUGCUGCUGAAGUUAGGCUUCCUCCUUCCAUUUCCAGGGAUGAGAAGAAAAAGAGAGUUCAUGAGCUGCUCGACCAACUUGGUUUGCAGAGUGCAACACAUACAUAUAUAGGUGAUGAGGGAAGAAGAGGAGUGUCUGGAGGAGAACGAAGAAGGGUUUCUAUAGGAAUUGACAUUAUUCAUAAGCCAUCUUUGUUGUUCCUUGAUGAACCCACUUCAGGUCUCGACUCUACAAGUGCUUACAGUGUCGUGGAAAAGGUCAAGGACAUUGCUAAAAGUGGCAGCAUUGCUCUCAUGACUAUUCACCAGCCUUCUUACCGAAUUCAAAUUCUUCUUGAUCGCAUUACAGUUCUAGGAAGGGGCAGGUUGAUAUAUAUGGGAAGUCCGGUUGCUCUUCCUGUUCAUCUCUCAGGUUUUGGAAGGCCAGUUCCUGAUGGAGAAAACAGCCUGGAAUAUCUCCUUGAUGUGAUGAAAGAGUAUGAUGAAUCCAAUGUGGGACUAGAACCGCUUGUGCUCUACCAGCGAGAUGGAAUCAAACCUGAUCAAGCCGCAAGAACCCCUGUUCCAAAACCACCGAAAACUCCUCACAUGAGAACACCCGGAUCCAAAUAUGCCAUUAGCCUCCAUAGCCAAGCAUUCUCAGGAAGUGAAACACCUAGAGCAGAGUCAGGACAAUUUAGUUACGAUGAGAAAGAUGAUGAUGAUGAGUUUGACAAUUCCCUGGAACGCAAGUCAGUUGUUGCACCAAUGACCAUGCAAAGUGGUAGCUAUAAUCCACGUUUAGCUUCUCAGUUUUACAAAGAUUUCUCAGUCUGGUUGUACAAUGGUGUCAUGGGAACUCCUCAUCGCCCGCCAUCCUGGACUCCUGCAAGAACACCGGCAAAAACUCCAACGUCAGGUAGUAGGAGUCGUGUUUCAAGCCGGUACUCAACUCCUAAGCAUAAUACUUCUCGCCCAAAAACUCCUGUAGUAUUUAGUCCAUCUCCCGAACCUUAUGAAAGUUCCUAUGAAGACUUUGAGUUUGAAGAAGAAGUUCUUGAUGAGCCAGAGCAGGGGCCCAAAUAUGCAAAUCCAUGGCUCCGGGAGGUUGCUGUCCUCUCCUGGCGCACUGCACUCAGUGUUGUUCGCACUCCUGAGCUCUUUCUUUCUAGGGAAAUCGUCUUGACAGUAAUGGCACUCAUUUUGUCUUCACUUUUCAAGAAUCUCCAAAAUUACGACUUCAAAACUAUCAACAGGCUGCUCAAUUUCUACAUCUUUGCAGUGUGUUUGAUUUUCUUCUCUUCCAAUGAUGCUGUCCCAACUUUCAUUCAAGAAAGAUUCAUCUUCCUCAGAGAAAGCUCCCACAAUGCCUAUCGUGCUUCAUCUUAUGUCAUUUCUUCCCUGCUGGUAUAUCUGCCAUUCUUUGCAAUUCAGGGCUUCACAUUUGCAGUCAUUACCAAAUACCUGGUAAAACUCAACAGCAGUCUGAUUAUCUUCUGGAUAAUCCUGUAUGCAUCUCUCAUUACUACAAAUGCAUAUGUGAUGCUUGUUAGUGCACUUGUUCCAAGCUACAUUACAGGCUAUGCAGUUGUGAUUGCAACAACAGCUCUUUUCUUUCUAACCUGUGGGUUUUUUCUGAAGAGAGCUCACAUACCUCUUUGGUGGAGAUGGCUCCAUUACAUCUCUGCAAUCAAGUAUCCCUUUGAGGCAUUGCUCGUGAAUGAGUUCAAGGGCAAAAACUGCUAUAAUGGCUCCAUUGUUGAUCUUUCGCCGGGACCUCUCGGAGAACUGAAGGACAGCAACCUGCAUAAGAAAAUCAAAGCAAAUUGCUUCAUUGGUGAAGAUGUUAUAUCCUCCAUGGAUUUUCAGUGGGACAAUCUUUGGUACGAUGUCAUUAUCUUGUUGGCUUGGGGAGUUCUCUACAGACUACUUUUCUAUGUAGUUCUGAGAUUUUACUCCAAGAAUGAGAGAAAAUAAUCAUCAUCACUUCAAGCUUGUACGUUACAACUUUCUGAAGAAAAUACAACAUAGACUUAUUUCUCA